AUGUCCUGCGGCCACACAAUCCUCUCCCACCCAACCGACUGUGAUAGCGCAAGCUGCCAGCCCCAGCUCCAGCCCCAGCCCGCCUUCCUCAAUGACAGCUGCGCCGCUUGCCACCGCCCCGCAAGCUACGCCCAGAACCGCGCGCGGCACGAGGCCGAGCACGCCGUGCUGAUGGGUGAGUACAUGCGGGCCGACGCCGCAGGCGACGAGGACGGCAUGCGGCGUGCUCGGCGCGCCAUGCUCGAGCACACGCGGCUGCUGCGCCGGCGGAACUUUGCGGUGAGUUUGGUGAGGGAGGAGCCGGGCGGCGAUGUCGAGUGGCCUGGCCUGCCUGCCUGUGAAUGA